AUGUUUUGUGGACAUUGGACAGAGCAUCUUAUUCAAAAACAUUCAGAAUGGUUCACUGAAAAUUUAAUUUCCAUUCUCCGAUGUACUUGGUUAAUUCCUACUUGCAACAAAAUCAAACAACAUUGCUUUGAAAAAACCUGUGACGAUCCAUGGUUGUUAUUCGCUUCAGAUCAAUUUUAUCAUGUCGAAGAAGAUAUAUUGGUCACUAUCUUGGAACGUGAAGACUUGAAUUUGCCCGAAGUAUAUAUUUGGAAUAAUGUUAUUAAGUGGGCUAAAGGACAGCUUAAUGUUGGAUUAGAUCCAGAUGUUUCAAGAUGGUCUCCAACCGAUUUUUCGUUAUUGGAAGAAAAGAUGCGUAACUGUCUUCCACGUAUUAGAAUGAACAAUAUUGAUAUGGAAGAAUAUUAUCAUAAUGUUAGACCAUUCAAAAAGAUAUUCUCACCAGAAAUUCAAGAAAGGAUUGAGGAAUAUUAUUUUACUGGAAGGAAGCUAGAUAUAUCUUUUCAUCCUCGUUUACCAUUUAUCAUUGAUUCGUGUUUGAUUAAUUACAAACACGCAGCAUUGUUUGCUCAUUGGAUCAACCGUAAAGAGGGCAAAUUAGUCACUCGUGAAAAGAAUCCUUUCAAUUUUCGGCUUUUAAUUCGUGGUAGUGAUCAUGGGUUUUGUGGUGAAGUUUUUGAUCGAAUUAGAUUCGAAUAUCCUGCGUUGCUAGUUUUAAUCCUUACGGAAAGCGAAGAAAUGAUUGGUGGAUAUCAAAGAAUUAAUAGCAAUUAUUGGAAAAUGUUUGGAUAUGAUUACGAUCGAGAUAGUUUUUUAUUCAGAAUUAAUAGAGCGGAUCUUAAGAGAUCAAUGAUCAGUAGAGUUAUACAACCCAACUAUGCUGUGUACAAUCAUAAUGGAUGGGGGCCAUGUUUCGGAGAUGGUGAUUUAUGGCUGAGAAGGCAUUUUAGGGAGGCAGGUGAAUGUAAUUGCAAGAAGUCUUCGUAUGAAUUUCAGGUAACACUUGAAGAAUCGUUCUUAGUAAAAGAGUAUGAAAUAUUUGAAGUAACGGCUCUUUGA